UUCUGCCGUGUUUCUCUAAGUUUUAAGUCGUCUGCUCAGUCUCGACCAACGGAGAAGUUUUCGUCUUUCUCCGAGUGUGUUUAUAGGUACUUAAUAUAUUUUUUGUUUUCCAUUUUCAUUAUCAUUCAUCACUAUGGAAGAUUUAGAUCUAAGCGACCAUAGAGUUACUUCAGAAGUGCAUGUAUUUAGUGAAGGAGAAUCUCUCAAGAAUGAAGAAAAUAUUGUUAUCUCGAGCUUCAAUUUUAGUCUACCUCCAAAACUUGCCUUAAGUGCUACUCAUAAUGCAAAUCAAGAAACAACUGCAGAUGAUGACGGAGAUCUACUGGUUUGCAGAAAGGACUUCACACCUGACUUCACCCUUUCUAUAAAACAUCACAUCAACACCUCACUGGACAUGGUGGGAUUACAAGUCUGGAGAGGCGCUUUUUUGUUAGCUGAUUUUUUAUUACACUCUGCAACAAAUGAAGAUAAAAACUUAAAAAUUUUUCAUGAUGAUAUUGUGAUUGAGCUUGGAGCUGGUACUGGUUUGACAAGUAUUGUUGCUGGAAUGGUUGCUGGCCAUGUUGUGAGUACAGAUAUUUCGAAAGGAAAUAUUCUCUCUUUGAUUGAAACAAAUAUUGAACAAAAUUCAAAGUGGAUUAGUGGCCAGGUGGAAGCAAUAGAGCUGGACUUUUACAAUUCAAACUAUUCUGACAAGCUAGUUAGUCUUAUUGAGAACUCUAACCUCCUAAUAGCUGCAGAUGUUGUGUAUCACGAUGAAUUGACGGAUGCGUUUUUAUCCACUUUGAAGAGACUGAUGGUUACAGGUCGUCCAAAAACUGCCGUAAUUGCUCUUGAAAAAAGAUUUGUGUUUACUUUGGCCGAUUUGGAUAUAGAAGCACCGUGUUACGAUUAUUUUCAUGAAAACCUUUUAAGGGAGUUGAAUGCAUACGACAUUUUGCAGCUCGACACUAGUCAAAUACCUCAAUACUUUUGCUAUGAACGAGUCAAAGAGCUGGUCUUGUUCAAAAUUCAAAACAAAAGCUCGUUGCCUUAGUUGUUAAAUGCUCAACAAAUAGAAUUUAUUCUUCAUCAUCGAACUAAUCAUGUAAAUAGAUAGGGAUGUUUUAAGCGUGUGAAUAUUAAGUCACUGGUUAUGA